AUGGACGCGGCUACGAAUAGCGGACCGUCGAGUCACCGUGAAGCGGACGCGGACGUUGAACAAGAAUUUAAGGACGCGACGAGUGAAGAUACUUGUGCAGUGGGCCGUGUUGCUUUACGUCUACCUCAAUUUUGGGCGGAAGAUCCUGAAAUAUGGUUCGCCCAGGUAGAAGCUCAGUUUGCGUGCACGUCGACGAAGAAUGAUAGUACGAAAUUUUUUCAAGUCAUCCGUGAGUUAGAUCAGCGUACCGCGAGUGAAGUCAGAGACGUUAUUACGAAUCCCCCAGCAACCGGCAAGUACGAAAAAUUAAAACACGAAUUAAUUAAUCGCCUUUCUGUUUCUCAUGAACAUCGGAUGCGUCAACUUCUUACUCACGAGGAAUUAGGAGACCGUAAGCCGUCGCAGUUUUUACGCCACCUCAGAGCGUUAGCCGGUGAUGGAGUUAACGACGAUUUUUUGCGUAGUUUGUGGUCAGGACGACUUCCUACCCACAUACAAGUAAUGGUUGCUAUUCUCGCGGACCAAAUAUACGACGUCGUGCCUACCCCCGUAAAUCAAGUCGCCAGUACUUCUGCGUCGUCUAUCGAAGGAAUGUUCCAACGAUUGGAGCAAACAAUUUCUUCACGAAUUCAAGAUGAAUUGAACCGACAAAUAUCGCAAUUGAACAUAGGUCAAAAUCGCGGUCGUAAUACGUACCGGGGCCAAAAUAAUAAUACUAGAAGUAGAUCUAAUUCUAGAAACAACAGGUCAGACGGAUACGAGACUCGGGUAUGUGUUGGUAUCAUUAUAAGUUCGCCGAUAAAGCUGCCAAAUGUAUACCGCCGUGCAAUUUUAAGAAGGAAAACUGUCGAGACGGUCAGUAGAGGCGGCAGCCGACUGUCAUACAACUACCCGUCGCCUUUUUAUUACCGAUAA